AUGGAUAGCAAAGAAUAUCUGAUAUCAUAUGGUUGGAAAGAAGGAGAAGCGUUUAGAGAAGGUGGUUUGAAAAGACCCAUACUGGUAAAGCACAAGAGAGAUAAGAAGGGAUUGGGUAAUGCUCCUGGCGGGAAUGAUGGCGAAGCAUGGUGGGAAAGGCUAUUUGAUGGACAUCUGAAGAACCUGGAUGUAAGCACUGAUUCGAAUAAUGGCAGUAUUAAAUUUACUCAAAAUGAGGCAGUUGCUACUGCUGUAUCGAAAAGUAGCUCACCUCUAUACAGGUGGUUUGUAAAGGGAGAAGGGCUGAAAGGAACCAUUACUAAUCUUGGUAAAAAGGAGGAAGCCAGCUUUGUUGUAUCUAGUGCAAGUUCGAGUAAAGGGAAGAAGAGAAGAAGGCGUGAUGAAGAUGAUAACAAGGUCAAGAGAAAAAAAUUGAAAAAAGAUAAAAAGACUAGUAACGACAGUGAGAGUAAGAAGAAGAAGAAGAAGAAAAGCAAGAAGGAGAGUAAAAAAGGAAAGAAAAGUAAGCAUAGCAGCGAUGAAGGUGAUAAAUCGAAGCAUAAAAAAUCCAAAAAGUCAAAAAAACAUAAAAAGGAAGAAAGUUCAGCAAGAAGAGAUAGAAAGGAGCAUAUAUGA